CUCAAGACAAUAUGGUAUCCCACUUGGGGGUUCUCUUAUAAUCUCUCUCUCUCUCUCUCUCUCCUCUUCAAGACCUUAUCAGUCAAAAUCAUGUAUAUCUUCUGCAUCACUACUUCAAAAUACUCAUUUUCCUCAUAAGUUUCUCCAGACCCAGCUCUUAUGGAUCGAUUCCACAUGCAUUUUUCCAACCAUGGAUCCGAAGCUCUUGUUUACAUCAAAACCCAUGAAAACCCAAUCUAUCAACCCUCCUCCCCUGCUUCAGACACUGCUUUCCCUAUCUUAGCCAUUGCUGUGCUAAGCAUUAUGGCCACGGCUUUCUUACUAGUUAGUUACUACAUCUUCGUGAUCAAGUGCUGCUUGAGCUGGCACCAUAUUGAACUGCUCAGACGGUUUUCUACCUCUCAAUCUCGACAGCAGGAAGAUCCACUGAUGGACUAUUCACCUACGUUUCUGAAUCGUGGGCUGGAUGAAUCCUUGAUUCACCAAAUCCCAACUUUUCUGUUCAGAAGAGGACAGAGUGAAGAGGGAAGCUUCCAUGGAUGUGUGGUCUGUUUGAACGAGUUUCAAGAACAUGAUAUGAUAAGAGUUCUUCCCAACUGCAGCCAUGCAUUCCACUUGGAUUGCAUUGAUAUAUGGCUACAAAGCAAUGCUAAUUGUCCCUUAUGCAGAUCAAGCAUUUCAGGAACAACCCGGUACAGAAAUGAUCCGAUCAUUGCCCCAAGCUCUUCACCCCAAGAUCCACGGCCAUUCAGUGAGGCUCUCAUGGGCGGUGAUGAUGAUUUUGUGGUCAUAGAAUUGGGGGGAGGAGACGACAGAGGCGUCAUACUACCACCAAGACAACAAGAAAGAGCUGAUUCAAGAGAACUGUUGGUGCAAUCUAGAGGCCCCUCCCCAACAAAGUUGCAGCAGAAGCUAGAGAACAAAAAAUCAAGAAAGUUUCAUUAUGUUUCAAGUAUGGGAGAUGAGUGCAUUGAUGUAAGAGAAAAAGAUGAUCAGUUCUUAAUCCAACCCAUCAGGAGAUCUUUCUCAAUGGACUCUGCGGCAGAUCCCCAGCUUUAUAUGACCGUUCAGGAGAUCAUAAGGAAUAAAAAUAGGCCUCUCAGUGAGGUUAGUACUAGUCAAGAAUGUGAUAGCAGAGUCAGAAGGUCAUUCUUUUCCUUUGGACAUGGCCGAGGAUCCAGAAAUGCAGUUCUUCCUAUUGAAUUCUUAGUAUAGAGUUUGAGGUUUCUUUCCCCCCCACCUUUUUUUUUUUUUUUUUUUUCUUAAUUUGUUAAUUGUUUUUUUCCCUGUUUGAUAUCUGGUUUUGAGUUGGAGAAGAUGGAAUAGUUUCAUAAAGAGAAUUUUAUGAGUGUAAAGUAAUUGUGGAUGAUAUCAUAGAUAGUGUGAUAAGGGUGGUUAGUAGAAUUGAGUUCUUGCUGAAAUGUAGGCAUGGAAAUGAGAAUCAUUGCUUAACCCACUAGUGCUGGAAAAGACUCUUUAUUCUGGUU